AUGCUCGGCAUGAGCCAGACGGAGCUCCUGAACUACCAGGAGUUCUAUGAUGCAUUCAUGAAGCUGCCGGCGGUGCAUUCCGGCGCUUGGGUAACCGGCCGCACCGUCAGAACAUAUCCAAUGGCAUGGUGGAACAAAGCCUUCGACACCGCCGACUACAAGACUUUCACCACCACCCUCCCCAACUUCGAUGACAUCAAGGCAAUGGUGAAUUCCCACUUUGAACAAUUGCCAGAGAGCCGCUUGCUUGUGAUGCCGGCGACAUUGGUAGACUCAUGGUCAACACUGGUUGCACAGCAGUUGGCUAACAUCCACGCUGGCAUCAAGCAAAAAGGAGACCAAAUUAUUACAUUGUUGGAGAACAAGGUUGUUGAAGUGUGGCUAGUUGCGGCGUCAUUGUUGAGGAUGGAGACUGCAUUGGGUCAGGAUGUGCGCGCCGCCAUCGCCGCAACAGAGUGGUUGGUGAAGUACUUGAAGAAGGAGGGAGAGUAA